UGCUGUUUUUAUUCGGAAUUUUUGUAUGUAACGCAGCAGUAGAUUAGCAGGAACCACUUCAUACAAAAGGAACUCAAACGGAAUUUCAAGGAUACUCGGCCACAGGACUGCAGCAACAAAAACACAGCCCAACAUGUCGGUGGCAGGUCUACGACAGUCCCUGCUCCUAUGGAGCGUAGACUACUGGAACUUGGAAGUCAUGGCUGACAAUGUGUUCAAGUCGCAAGAUAUCGGGCUACGCGCUCAAAAGAAAAUCCUCUCACGCAUGGCAACGAAAAAUAUUGCAAAGACAUUCAUCGAUGGGACAACGGCCUCGCUGCUGGAUAACCUGUACAGGCUGUGCAAGAUGCAUACCGGCAACAAGGCCAAGGCGGAGAAGCUGAUCAAGAAUAUCAUCAAAAUAGUCAUCAAGAUUGGAGUUCUGCAUCGGAAUAACCAGUUCAGCGACGAGGAGCUGCAAAGAGCCGAGAACUUUAAACGCAAGUUUCAGAACACCCAACUGUCCAUCAUAUCAUUCUACGAGGUAGACUACACCUUCGACCUGGCCUAUCUGCAAAAGUCGAUAGCGGAAUCGCAGGUGGCACUCAAGUCGAUUGUGCAACCGCAUCUGACGGACAAGUCAUUAGGUCGCAUCGAUGAGGUGUUUGAUUUCUUUGGCGAUGCCGUGCUUUUGGAGACGGCCUUCAAGCCGGACUCGCCCUACCGCGAGGUUAUGGGCAAGAUUGUGGCCGACAUCAACUCCGCCAUGGAGACGGGCGACAUCUGAGGGCUCUUAUUGCAUGCACUGAAAUGCGACUUGUCGAAAGAAACCAAAACAACACAAAACAGCAUGAGACACUAAGAGCUAUCUGCAAAUUGGAAAUGCUUGGCUUGUAAGCUCCACCCACCAACACCAACACCAAAACACAAAACACACAAAACUGAGGAUAGUACAGACAGAAAAGACAUAUGUUUAGGCCAGAGUUUAGUUUAAUUUUGGAUAGUGAUAUAUCAUUGACAGCAACAAAUAUCAAAAGUGAACAAAACGUCCGUAUUGUAUUGAUUUAUUUAACGACAAUGUUAACAUUUUGUAACGAUUAAGAACUACUACUAUAUGCAUUUUGCCAAAGGAAUUAACCAAACGGAAAUUGUAAACUCUAGCAAAAUGCUUGUAUCUGUAUCUGUGUGUUUGUAUGAAUGUAUCUUUGUACCUUAAAGCUUGUAAGUCGUGUCUAUGUAAAUGUGGAAAAUUUCUGCAUAAAAGCAAUUAUUUAUGGUAUAUAUUUAGAAAUGUGUAUCAGUAUGUGAAGGAUACUCCGUUUUGUUACUCUUAAUACUCGCUGUGUCCACUCUUCUAUCAGUCUUACAGUACUUAAUUAAUUAAUCGUUGUUGAUCUCCACCAACAAGCGUUGCUUUCCCUUCAGAGACCAGCACCACACAGAACACAGAAAUCACAUAUUUUACUUGUUGUGAAUGCUAGUCUAUAUUUAGUUCUUAAUGCUAAGCUGACACUAGAACCUGCUUAUCCCUCUUCACCACACCUGUCUGCGAGCCAUUUGUUACGCAUCGAUUUGUAUUUUGUAUCUUAUGUAUGUAUUCCAAGCCCCCGUCCCAGAGCCAAAGGCAUGGGUCGGUCACUCACCCUAAAGCAUUAUUUAUGAUAUUCCACUUCGGUUGUUCACACAAUGAUAUUCUAUGUAUCCAUACCCAAGGCAUAUCGAAACGUCGGACAAUAAGUUGAUUGAUUUUUGUAUGACUUUGUCCAGAAUAUUGUUAGUUACAAACCAAUGUUCGAUAUUAGGUACAUUUUGAGAGAGCACAAUUUUAGUCGUUUAGAUUUUAAAUAUUUAUUGUUUUACCAACAGAAUUAUGUUGAGUAUGAAAAUAAAAGCAACAAAUACCAAAAAGUUAA